GUUUACCACGUGAUAGUCUUCAAGUCAAAAUAUUUCCAAUAACAAGAUAAAAAAGGCAGUGUUUUUAAAGAAUUUUUACCAAAAUGCCCAAGGCAUUUAAAGUCAGGAGCCAUACCAAAAAGGCCAUUCAUCCACAGUCUAGAAAAGCUUCUCAGUUAGCAAGAGCAGCUCACAGAAAAGAGAAGAUACAGAGAAAAAAAGAAGAAAGAAGUCAACUUCUAGAAGCAAGAGUGGGUGAAAAGUGCCGGUGGUUUUUUGAGCACAUUGACGAAAGAAAGCAGAGAUAUGCAGCAGAAGAAGUAAGAGAACUGAUUGAAGAAUACCUUCAACGCUUUGAUGCAGAGCUGCAAAAGAUAGAGCAACUAAACAAUGCAGUAAAAGGCAGACAGGGGAGAAUAUAUGCCACCAAGGAAGACAACAUGAAGACAAUCAUUUCCAUUGAAAGUGAGCUUUUUAAUACAGGAGGCCUUGAGGUACCAGACCUUACAUCUGCUAAAAACUUUGAACUGUUCAAGGAAUGGAACUGUGAUAUGAAAUGUUUCUCACCAAUAUGUAUGAAGGCUUUUACAAAAUCAUGUCCGACUGAAUCCAGAUCUCAAGUACUAGAAACAAGAGAAUCGAUUGAUGAAGAGACAGAAGACAGAGACAAGAAGCUAGAAAAGGAAGAUAUGAAUUGUUCUUCCUAAAUUAGCAACAAUCCUUGUUGUAAAAUUUGUCUUCAAUAUUAGAAUGUUUUUAUUGGAAUUGUAUUCUAAAAGAAGUAAAUUAUGCUAAAGUCA